GGCACCGUGCCGGUCGAAAUUCGUCACAGCCAAUCAUCGUGCCACUCUCUGACUCUCAUCACGCAAAAGAAAACACACAAGACUCUCACUGUUGUUUAGCUCAACGCACUUUAAUCAUCUUCGUCCCUCCAAAACCCUCUCAAUCCCCCUUUCUUCUCUCUCAAUUCCCCUAUUCAUUCUCCGUUCACUUUUUCUUUCGCUCUCUUUUCGAUCUCUCAAAUUCUAGGGUUAGGGAUUUCUCCUUUUUCUUCAAUUUUUUUUCUUCGACUGAGAGUCACCCGCAGGGUGCAGACGUGGGGGCACCCUCGCGAUUUCUUCUUCAAUGGAGGCCACGGCUGCCGUUGCCGCUGCCGCCAACGCCGCCGCUGCUGCUCGCGGCGCCUCUCUCCAGUUACCGCCACCUCCAUCACGCAAGGAAUGGCGUGCUGUUUCCGAGCACCAUCAUUCGUCGAGAAACCCUGAGGACGAGGAGCUAGACAACUCAAAAGUAGGGCAAUCGGAUGAGAGAACCAUUUAUGAGGUGCAGCAAGGAAGAGAGCCUCUUGAUGUCGAUUUCUGUUCGAUAACAGUGGAUGGAACAAUAGACAAUGAUAUUUUGCAGCAGCAGAUUCAUGGUGUUGUAAGGCAAAGACAGGAAUUACAGCAAAUGGAGAUCGAACUGAAAGCUCAAAUGAUUGCUAGAACUGAGAUAAUGGAAAUACGAAACACCUAUGAUGCUCAACUCAAAGAACAUGUUAACAAUGCCAGUAAGCUUCAGGAGCAACUUUGUGAAAGGGAACGUACAAUUCAUGAAUUGGAAAGGAAAAUGGAAGAGAAGGAAAGAGAACUGCACACCAUUAAAUUAGACAAUGAAGCGGCAUGGGCAAAGCAAGACCUUCUUCGUGAGCAAAACAAAGAGCUAGCAACUUUCAGAAGGGAGCAUGAUCAUUCAGAAGCUGAAAGAGCUCAGCAUAUGAAACAAAUACAUGAUCUUCAAGAACAUAUUCAAGAAAAAGACAGGCAGCUUAUUGAUUUGCAGGAACAGCACAGAGUAGCUCAAGAGACCCUAAUGUAUAAAGACGAACAAUUGAGAGAAGCCCAAGCUUGGAUAAACCGUGUUCGUGAGAUGGAUGUUUUCCAAUCAACAACAAACCAGACAUUGCAGGCUGAAUUGCGGGAACGUACAGAGCAGUAUAACCAACUCUGGAUGGGUUUCCAGAGACAGUUUGCGGAGAUGGAAAGACUUCAUUUGCAUGCUAUCCAGCAGCUACAGCUCGAGCUAGCUGAUGCAAGGGAGAGGAGUGGCACUUACCACGAGGACUCACAAAUGUCCCAAAUGAAUUCAAAAAAGAAUGUAACUCAGUUUGGACAGGAAAAUGGAAACCAAUUCGACUUGAAUGGAAGCAAUGCUUCAGGUGGAAAUAAUGGUCUUAUUCCAAAUGAAAGCUCAGAUAAUAUUCCUCCAUUUGCAUCUAGUGGCAAUGCUUCGGUCCAGACUGAUCAUGUUGCUGGUGUCGCUAUGGCUCCAUCCUCCCUACUUGUGCCACCUUCAUACCUUCCACCUGGCCAAGUGACUGCAUUACAUCCGUUUGUCAUGCAUCAACAAGGAGUGCCAAAUUCAGUUGCAUCACAAGUUCCUCAAUCACAUGUUGGCCACUUUCACCCACUGGCAGCAUUGUCACCUAUGCAGCAAUGGAAAAAUCAACAGCAGGCUGUCUCGGAGGGUUCACAGGUAUCGAUGCAGGAUGAUCCUUCUGCAUCCCAAACUGAUCAGAGUAUGAUGAGAUCCGAUGCUAAGUUUAAUUAUGAAAUGCCCGUUAAUGGACAAGCUCUUCAUGGAGACUAUUUGGAUGCUCACAUCCACCAAAAUGAGGAGACUCAAUCUGUAAUUUCAUCUUCUACAGCGGAAACACAGGUUCUUCAGUCAGUUGAUAAAGGCCAACAUGUUGCUACCCAACAAGACCAUAGCUUACGUCAAAUUUCAUCACAGUUCUCCGAUGCCUUAAGAUUGAACUCUGUUGACUCUAAUGGUGAAAUUAAGGAUAAGAAUUCUGUGACGUUACCUAGUGAGGGACAUGACCAAGUAUUGUUGGUAGAGGCAGCAAGUUCUGCUGGAAAUGCAUCACCUGUCACAGCCCAUGUAGUUCACAAUGAUAUGGUACAUAGCAACAUCACUGAUUCAGUCUUGCCUGAAGCAUUCUCCUCCACUGGCCAGACAGCAUCAACUACAAUUGCAAAGCCUAUGGAAAGUCCUCUUCUUGAUGAAAGAUCAUUGCUGGCUAGUAUUGUUCGCACUAUUCCAGCUGGUGGCCGGAUUCGAAUCAGUUCAACACUCCCUAACAGACUGGGUAAAAUGCUCGCUCCUCUGCAUUGGCAUGAUUACAAGAAAAAGUAUGGAAAGCUGGAUGAUUUUGUUGCUAGCCAUCCUGAAUUAUUUAUGAUUGAGGGUGACUAUAUUCAGCUUCGCGAAGGAGCACAAAAAAUGGUAGCUGCCAAUGCCGCUGUUGCCAAAGUUGCUGCAGCAGCUGCAGCAUCAUCCCCUCAUUCUUCAUAUAUGCCUACUGUGGCUGUUACACCAAUGGCUAACACUUAUCGCCUGAAGAAAGUUCCUUCAGUUGAUUCCAAAAAUAUCAAAACUGACAAGUCUUUUCAGGAUUAUGCUGUUAUCUCUUCGAAUAUGGGUGAUGAUCCUCUAAAAUUGUCAGUAAUGCAGCAUCAGCAAUCAAAUGGUGCAUGCUUUGGUGUUGCGGGAGGCCUUUCAAAUGUUAAAAUUUUGACCAAGUCUAAGGAUUCUCGGGAAAAGGAUGGCCCAUCUGUUCAGUCUGGUGUACAAUUAGCUGUUGCCAAUGGUGUAACCCUGGACCGAACCAGUGUGAACAAUGCCCAAAAUUCAGGCCCGGCAAAUGGGAGGCCAGUUUCCAAUUUUGCUUCAAAACAGCAGGCCAGGGCAACUGGUGCUGUCUACCAUUCUCGAAGAUAGUGAGUGUUCUUACUGGUGCUUAAUAUGAUGAGAAUGGUAUUGUGGAAACGUCAGAGAGGGAGACUAUGGUGUCUCGUGGGUGCGGAUGAAAAGAGUAUGGUGAUACUUAUUGGGUUUUGUGGGAGAAUUUUUUUUGAAGCAUGGACGGAGCAUUCUACUGUUCCGAUAAAAUCGAUAUUUAAAAUGUGGUCCUGUCUCCAUUUUCUGUAGUUAAUUUAUUUCUCCUGCUAUAUCAUUUUGGUGUGCUUUCAUUAAUGUGGGGCCUCAUCCUGGGAUAUUACUGCGCACACAAUUGCAUCGCAUAACUGCGAUUAUUUUUGUGAAUGCUUGAAAGAUUAAUGGACAGUUUAUUUAAUUUUCA